UUCCAGCGACACAGAUCCUCGCCAACAUGAGUCUGCCGGCUUGCGCUUGCUGUCCUCCGGGUGCGGAGCCUCUUCGAGAGAUGAAGGACUACAAGCCCAAGCAUUCCAUGGGCACGAUCAAGGAUUUGCCAUGCUAUGUGGCGACGCCACCUGUGCCGACACAGAAAGGAGUCGUCCUCUUUGCGGACAUGUUCGGAGUGCAUACUGGCCGUCACAAGCAAUUCUGCGACAUGCUUGCUGAGAAGGGCUACCUAGCAAUCUGCCCGGAUUUCUUGGCAGGCAAGCCCUACUCCAUGUGCGCGCCCACUUACGGCACAAAUUACUGCUGCAUGCUGGAGUUUAUUUGCCUGCUCACCACCGGGACCUUCGACCGCAAGACACGGAGGUUUGCCUGGGACACCUACAUGAAACAGAAGGUCUUGGACGAGAUUCUGCCAUGGAUGAGGAGCAAGGGCGUGAGCUCUUUCGCCGCCGUGGGCUUCUGCUGGGGGACUUAUGGCGCCAUGAAGUGUGCGGCCUACCCCGAGUUCAAGUGCUGCGCUUGCUUCCACCCAUCCAACGAGGGCUUCUGCAAGGCUACGAAGGAGGAUGACCUCGAG